GGCCCCCGCGCGACGUCAGGGUCGGGGCGGAAGAUGGGGCGGCUCGGGGCCGGCGGUUGCUGAGCGGACCCGGACGCAGCGGGACCCCGAGCCCGGCCGCUCGGCGCCGCCGCGCCGCCAUGUCCCUGCUACAAUCGGCGCUCGACUUCCUGGCGGGCCCGGGCGCGCUGGGCGGCGCCGCGGGCCGCGACCACACCGACUUCGUGGGCCAGACGGUGGAACUGGGCGAGCUGCGGCUGCGGGUGCGGCGGGUGCUGGCCGAGGGCGGCUUUGCCUUUGUGUAUGAAGCUCAGGACCUGGGCAGCGGCAGGGAGUACGCGCUGAAGAGGCUGCUGUCCAACGAGGAAGAGAAGAAUAGAGCCAUCAUCCAGGAAGUCUGUUUCAUGAAAAAGCUGUCCGGGCACCCCAACAUCGUGCAGUUCUGCUCAGCUGCCUCCAUCGGGAAGGAGGAGUCCGACACCGGGCAGGCCGAGUUCCUGCUGCUCACAGAGCUCUGCAAAGGGCAGCUGGUGGAAUUUCUCAAGAAGGUUGAGUGCAAGGGUCCACUCUCGUGCGACACGGUUCUGAAGAUCUUCUACCAGACUUGCCGGGCUGUGCUGCACAUGCACAAGCAGAAGCCCCCCAUCAUCCACCGGGACCUAAAGGUCGAAAACCUUCUGCUCAGCAGCCAGGGGACUGUCAAGCUGUGUGACUUCGGCAGUGCCACCACCGUGUCCCACUAUCCGGACUACAGCUGGAGCGCCCAGAAGCGAGCCCUGGUGGAAGAGGAGAUCACCAGGAACACAACUCCCAUGUACAGGACGCCUGAAAUCGUGGACUUGUACUCCAACUUCCCCAUCUGCGAGAAGCAGGACAUCUGGGCCCUGGGCUGCAUCUUGUACCUGCUGUGCUUUGGGCAGCACCCCUUCGAGGACGGGGCCCGGCUGCGCAUUGUGAACGGGAAGUUCUCCAUCCCCGCGGACGACACCCGCUACACUGUCUUCCACAGCCUCAUCCGCGCCACACUGCGGGUCAACCCCGAGGAGCGGCUCUCCAUCACCGAGCUGGUGAACCAGCUGCAGGACAUCGCGGCUGCCCGUGAUGUCAACCCCCGGUCCCCAGUCACCGAGCUCCUGGAGCAGAACGGAGGCUUCGGAAAUGCUGCUGUGCCCGGGGGUGCCCCUGGCAGUGGCUACAGUGGGGGCCUGGUGGUGGCUGAGUAUGAGCAGCCUUACGGCGGACUCCUGGACAUCCUGCGGGGCGGGACGGAGCGCCUCUUCACCAACAUCAAGGAUACCUCCUCCAAGGUCAUCCAGUCUGUGGCCAACUAUGCAAAGGGAGACCUGGACCUGUCGUACAUCACAUCCAGGAUUGCUGUGAUGUCAUUCCCAGCGGAAGGCGUGGAGUCAGCCAUCAAGAACCACAUCGAGGACGUGCGCUUGUUCCUGGACACCAAGCAUGCCGGUCACUACACCGUCUUCAACCUGUCCUCCAGGACGUACCGGCCCUCCAAGUUCCACAACCGGGUGUCUGAGUGUGGCUGGGCCGCGCGGCGGGCCCCGCAGCUGCACAGCCUGUACAGCGUCUGCAGGGACAUGCAUGCGUGGCUGCGGCAGGACCCCAAGAACAUCUGCGUGGUGCACUGUGUGGACGGAAGGGCCGCCUCCGCCGUGGCCGUCUGCGCCUUCCUGUGCUUCUGCCGUCUCUUCAGCACAGCGGAGGCCGCCGUGUACAUGUUCAGCAUGAAGCGCUGCCCGCCGGGCAUUUGGCCGUCACACAAAAGGUAUAUCGAGUACAUGUGUGACAUGGUGGCGGAAGAGCCCAUCACGCCCCAUCGCAAGCCCCUCCUGGUGCGGGCCGUGGUCAUGACACCCGUCCCGCUCUUCAGCAAGCAGCGGAGCGGUUGCAGGCCCUUCUGUGAGGCCUACGUGGGGGGCGAGCGAGUCACCACCACGUCUCAGGAGUACGACAAGAUGCGGGAUUUUAAAAUUGAGGACGGCAAAGCAGUCAUUCCUCUGGGAGUCACUGUGCAGGGAGACGUUCUCCUGGUCAUCUACCAUGCGCGCUCCACGCUGGGGGGCAGGCUGCAGGCCAAGAUGGCGUCCAUGAAGAUGUUUCAGAUCCAGUUCCACACGGGGUUCGUGCCUCGGAAUGCAACGAUUGUGAAGUUCGCCAAGUACGACCUGGACGCCUGUGACAUCCAGGAGAAGUACCCGGAUCUGUUCCAAGUGAGCCUGGAGGUGGAGGUGCAGCCCUGGGACCAGCCCAGCCGGGAGGCCCCACCUUGGGAGAGCACCAGCAUGAGGGGCCUGAACCCCAAAAUCCUGUUUUCCAGCCGGGAGGAACAGCAGGACAUUCUGACCAAGUUCGGAAAGCCAGAGCUCCCUCGGCAGCCGGGCUCCACUGCGCAGUACGAUGCUGAGGCGGGCUCUCCGGACCCCGAGCUCGCCUCCCCGCCCAGCGGCAGCACCAAUUCCAACCACUUCCUGCACACUCUGGACUGGCAGGAGGAGAAGGACUUCGAGGCGGGAGAGAGUCACUUGUCCGGAGAGAGCCUGCCUGCCAGGGCGGAGGGCCAGGGUGAGGAUGAGCUCUCUGAGGAGGAGGCGGCUGCUUCUGCCGAGAGCAGGGACACAGCAGACGAGGAUGUGCCUGGACCCCCGGCAAGGGGGUGUGAUGGGACUGGCCUGGACCCUCCGCCGGAGCCCACGCUGCAGGAGGACAGCGUGGACCUCCUGGGCCUGCACUCUGAGGCAGGGCCGCUGCCCCCGGUGACCGCCCGAGGGGCACCCCCCAGCAAUGCCGACCUGCUCAGCUCCCUCCUGGCGGGCCCCACUGCUCCCCCUGAGUGCUCCUCAGAUGACCUGCUCCUGGGCAGCCCCACGCCAGCCCCGGGUGCACAGAGCUGCCUGCAGCCAGGACCCCCCACCCUGACCGACCCCUUUGACCCCCUCCUGUCAUCUGGCCCAGAGCCCCAGCCGUGCCCCAAGCCCAGCAUCUUCAGUGAGUUCCUAAGUCCAGACUGCACAGCCACACCCAGUUCCUUCCCCUCCACACACAGCGCCCCUCCCCCAGCCGGCAGCGACUUUCUGCAGUUGGGGGAGCUGUCCACAGAACCUGGCAGGAUGACUUCCUCUGCCAGCCACCCAGACCUGCUGGGCACUUGGGAUUCCUGGGCCGAGGCCACCCCUCCCGCACCGGCCACAGAAGGUCCCUUCUUCUCCCCUGGAGUCCCUCCAGGCCCCCCCACGCCCCUGGCCAGCCGCAGCAAGUCUCAGAGCCAAGACCCAUUUGCAGACCUCGGUAACCUCAGCUCCAGUCUGCCAGGCUCCCCAGCUGCUGGCCUUAGCCCUGGGGCCUUCAUUCCCAAGACAGGCCCCCCUCCCAAGGCUGGCAGCUCUUGGCAGCCAUAUCAGCCCUCAGCACAGACCCCACCACGGCCCCCUCAGGCCAAGCUGCCCCCCAAAGCCUGUGCACAGACAAGACCCAACUACGCUGCUAGCUUCAGUGUGAUCAGGGACCGAGAGGAGAGGGGUGUCCGUGCCCCCAGCUUUGCCCAAAAGCCGAAAGUGUCUGAGAACGAUUUUGAAGACUUGCUGUCCAAUCAGGGCUUCUCCUCCAAGUCUGAUAGGAAGGGACCAAGGACCAUUGCUGAGAUGAGGAAACAGGAGCAGGCCAAGGACAUGGACCCACUCAAGAUGAAGCUCCUGGACUGGACUGAGGGCAAAGAGAGGAAUAUCCGGGCCCUGCUGUCCACACUGCACACUGUCCUGUGGGAGGGUGAGAGCCGCUGGACACCCGUGGGUAUGGCCGACCUGGUGACGCCAGCACAGGUGAAGAAGCAGUACCGCAGAGCUGUGCUGGUGGUACACCCCGACAAGGCCACUGGGCAGCCCUUCGAACAGCACGCCCGAAUGAUUUUCAUGGAACUGAAUGAUGCUUGGGCCGAGUUUGAGAGCCAGGGCUCCCGGCCCCUGUUCUGAGCCGCGGUGAUCAUGUCAGUGAGUGGAACUAGAGGCGGCUGCCAGACUGAGGGUCGUACCCGCCUGUGUUGUGGCGGGGUUGGGCAGCUGCGUGAAUGGCAGGCCCGAGGAGGGUCAGGAGAAUGCAUUCCAGGCAAGAAGAGAACACAUUCCAAAGCCUCAGUCUGUCUCCCUCUUCUGCCCCGAGGAACAGUAUUGGUCACUCUCCUGCUGCCAUUGUCACGACUGUGAUUUGUCGCUGGGUGGACGGUGCCCCGGCUGCCCUCCCUGCGUCCUGCCCCUACCCUGGCCUCUCCCUGUCUAAUCAGCCUGGUCAUCUACAGAAUUAAACUAUUUUCUGAUCA